UUGCAGGAUACGUCAGUAAACACGCAGACUCAAAAUGAAGACACCACUGAAUUUGAGCCGAAGAGUUCUCAAGCUGGUAGUGAGAAGCAGUCGACGUCUAGUGCUGAAAAUAGUAGAAAUGGUAGUACAAUAUCGUCUGUAUCGUUGCAUUCUCAAACACCAUUCAACCGCAAACGAAAGACAGACAUGCCAAUUGAUAUGGCAAUUAAAGAACUAAAAGCUAUAAGCAAGGAAAACAAAGAGCAAGUUAAAGACGAGUUUGAUUUAUUUUGUAAAAGUUUGGCAAUACAGCUAUAG